GCAGAUCUGGCCGUGGCCCCCCUGACCAUCACCCAUGUUCGAGAGAAGGCCAUCGACUUCUCCAAGCCCUUCAUGACACUCGGUGUGAGCAUCCUGUAUCGAAAGCCCAAUGGCACCAACCCCAGCGUCUUCUCCUUCCUCAAUCCCCUGUCCCCAGACAUCUGGAUGUAUGUGCUCCUCGCCUACCUGGGGGUCAGCUGUGUCCUCUUCGUCAUCGCCAGGUUCAGCCCUUAUGAGUGGUACGAUGCUCACCCCUGCAACCCUGGCUCCGAGGUGGUGGAAAAUAACUUCACUCUGCUUAACAGCUUCUGGUUUGGAAUGGGAUCCCUGAUGCAACAAGGGUCUGAGCUGAUGCCCAAAGCCCUAUCCACACGCAUCAUUGGUGGCAUCUGGUGGUUCUUCACGCUCAUCAUCAUCUCUUCCUACACGGCCAACCUGGCUGCCUUUCUGACCGUGGAGCGCAUGGAAUCACCCAUUGACUCUGCUGACGACCUGGCCAAGCAAACCAAAAUCGAGUAUGGGGCUGUCAAGGACGGGGCCACCAUGACCUUCUUCAAGAAAUCCAAGAUCUCCACCUUCGAGAAGAUGUGGGCCUUCAUGAGCAGCAAGCCCUCGGCGCUGGUGAAGAACAACGAGGAGGGCAUCCAGAGGGCCCUGACGGCCGACUACGCGCUGCUCAUGGAGUCCACCACCAUCGAGUACGUCACGCAGAGGAACUGCAACCUCACCCAGAUCGGGGGCCUCAUUGACUCCAAGGGCUACGGCAUCGGCACGCCCAUGGGCUCCCCAUACCGGGACAAGAUCACCAUCGCCAUCCUGCAGCUUCAGGAGGAGGACAAGCUGCACAUCAUGAAGGAGAAAUGGUGGCGGGGCAGCGGGUGCCCUGAGGAGGAAAACAAAGAGGCCAGCGCCCUGGGGAUCCAGAAGAUCGGGGGCAUCUUCAUUGUCCUGGCCGCCGGGCUGGUCCUCUCUGUGCUGGUGGCCGUGGGCGAGUUUGUGUACAAGCUCCGCAAAACAGCAGAGAGAGAGCAGGUAAGCCUUAGAGCUUGGAGCCUGCACAGGACGGGGAAGGAGAUUCACGCUGACUUCACCCCUCUAUGUGCCAGGCACACAAUGGUGUCUCACCUCACAACAGCUCACCCUGUAUCCAGUGGGCCAGCAAGCCCUGCCACUCUACCUCUGUCCUGACCUAGCACUUUUUUCCAUCGCUGUUGCCCCACCCCAGGCCAAGCCCCAUCACCUCCUGCCUGGAUUAUGCCGCAGCCUUCAAACUGGCCUUCCAGCCUCCAUGGUUCCCCAGCACCAUCCACAAUUCACACAGCAACCGGUGCCGUGUUUAAAACUUAAUUCAAACCAUAUCUUUUUCCUGCAUAAAACCCUCCAGGGUAAUUGUU